CCUGCGAGCCCUUAAAGGGAGCUGCUGCCUCCUCCCCCGGCGGGGAAGGCGGAAGAGCGAAGCUGCUGUCUUGGUUCUGCUGCGCUGCCGAGUUUUAUGCACCUGUCUGGGCUCCUGCUCGCCCUGGAGAAGGAACAGAAGGGAGCUACCCCGGCCAUGUGCUCGGUAAGCGAGGCCGGCAGCACAGACCCCCUGGUGACCCGUUUCAGGCAGGUGGAGGAGACGCUGGAGAAGCUGCACCGGGAGAACAGGAGCUUGAAGAAUAAAGUGCCUCGGUACAACGCGCUCUGCACCUUGUACCACGAGUCCGCGCAGCAGCUGAAGCACCUCCAGCUGCAGCUGGCGGCCAAGGAGGCGACGAUCCGGGAGCUGCGGGGCAGCCUGGCCCGGCAGCGGCAGCCUGGCCCGGCGGCGGGCGGGGAUGCGGCGGCGGGCGCGGAGCCGGCCCGCUCGCUGGUGGAGAGCCUGCUGGAGCAGCUGGAGCAGGCCCGCGACAGCGAGCGGCUCUCGGCGCGGAGAGCGGAGACGCUGAGCCAGGAAGUGCAGAAGUUGAAUCAGCAGCUAGAGGAGAAAAAUGGAGAGAUACAGCAGAUGAUAAAUCAGCCUCCAUAUGAAAAGGAGAGAGAAAUCUUACGACUGCAGAAGACUCUGGCAGAGAGGGAGAAGGCUCAGGCCACCAGUGAUGUUUUGUGCCGUUCACUCACUGAUGAAACUCACCAGCUUCAACGCAAAUUAGCGUCCACAGCAGAAAUGUGCCAACAUCUGGCAAAAUGUCUAGAAGAGAAGCAAAGAAAAGAGAAGGGGAAUUCAGAUGACCAGAUACCUACAGAAAGAUCUAAUCAGCUUUUAGACAAUGAAACUUCACUUCAGUCUCUAAUCUGCAACUUACAAGAGGAAAACAGGAUGUUAAAACAAAAAGUAGCUCACGUGGAAGAUUUAAAUGCAAAAUGGCAGAAGUACGACGCGAGCAGGGACGAGUACGUGAAGCGACUGCACCUGCAGCUGAAGGAGAUGAAGUCCCAGCUGGAGCAGCACCACGGAGGAGCUCCAGCACAGAGGAAUUCUGACCUGAUGCACAAGGAGAUCUUCCGGUUAAACAAACUACUGGAAGAGAAAAUGAAUGAGUGCAUAAAAACCAAGAGAGAGCUGGAAGACAUGAAGAAGGCUUGUGAAGGAGAUCAUGAGCGAAUACAAAUGCUGGAGCAACAGGUCCUGGUUUAUAAAGACGAUUUCACAUCUGAGAGAUCAGACAGAGAACGAGCGCAGAGUAAAAUACAAGAACUUCAGGCAGAAGUUGCAUGUCUGCAACACCAGCUAGCAAGAAGACAGGACUCCAGAGACACAAGCAGUCAUUUCAGAGUUCACGCUGGUAACCAAAAUCAUUUGUUUGUUCAGACAAAUGUGGAACACCUACGAGGCAACAGCCCAGGCCAGACAGGGAAGAGAAGAACAAACUCACAGUCUGAACAAGCUUCUCCUCCUGGGGACAAUGGAAACUUGGGAUCUGAAGGCAGGGCACAGGGUGAACUCAGAUGCCCUCACUGCAUGAGGUUUUUCAGUGAUGAACUUGGUGAUGAAUUCCUCAAGCACGUUGCUGAAUGUUGUCAGUGACCACAGGAUGUGAGGGGUGUAAGUCAAUCAAUCACUACUUUUAUAGAUGUAAAAGUUGCUCUAUACAUGUAUCUCCUACAGUCCUAAAACAGAGUAAUUCAAAUGGAGAGCUCUGGGGAAUUAGGAGGAUGAACAAUAUCUACCUCUUACUUGAUUUUGCCUUCUCUUGGACUGUGUGAAAGGCUUCAAGAGAAAGCAAAGUGUUUUUCUGAAGAACUAUUUUUGACAGCUACAAGGAAAGCAAGUAUAAUGGAGAUUCUACUACAGACUAAACUGAAACCUACAGUGGUAGUUUAGCUUCAGAGUGCAGCUUGACUUUAUUUGGGUCUAAUUCUCUACCACAUCUGAUGGCUUGUGAGAAAAAUUACUGAACUUGAAAUUUUCCUCCUCUUCCAAAAAAUGUAGGCUGAAGAACAGGAAGGAAUAUUUUGGCAGAGGAUAGGAAAAAUCUUACUGUGCUUUAUCUGGAUUAAAAGCGAAAGUAUGUUCUUGACUCUUGAGGCUGAACUUCCAAACAUCUCAUCUGAAAAUCCUUCUGUUUAACUGAAAUCAGAAGAAGUGAAGAAAACAUAAAAGGGCUGGUUAUUGACUAAAACUAGCCUGUCUUUUUUGCACAGAAACAAGGUACAGGGAUAUUUAUAUUGUCUGUGCCAUAAAUAUCUGUCUUACAGAUUUGUGAAUGGAUAUUUGUGUAAUUAUUGUCUGUAUUCCUAUUUGACCUAAGGAUUAUUUUUAUAAUAAAAGUGAUUCUGCAUUUGCUUUACUACAAAAGGGGUCCAAAAAUCUCUUUUGGCAUAAGUAUUUAAAUGUGAAAUAGUGAACUAUAAUAAGGGCUAAUUAAAUGUCAUGGUUUCAGGUAUGAGUUAUUUCAUUACUUUAGUGAUAACCAGCUUCUCAGACUAUUUUCAAAUAUGUUGAAAAAAAAAUCACUCCUCAUCUCUGAGCGAAAGAUUGACAUUUCAGAGGUACAGGAACACAUUUAACCCCCUUCCCUGCCACACACAUGUGACUAUGCCAAUGCUAACUUAAAAUUUCUUCUUAUCCUGUCUGCACUUGAGAGAGCUUCAACAAAUAGCAGGGGACUGUUUUGCGAAGGAGUAUCAGCAAUUAAUUAAAGUGUACAAAUAUAAGAGUGCGACAGGUUUUUGCAGCUUAGCUCCAGGUGAAGCUGAAAUUGUUUUCUCACUGUGUCAGAGCAAGAGUUAAGGAUGGGACAGAAAGUAAAGGCCUAGUGCAACCAUGGCACUGCAUAAUUAAAGAAAACUCACUUUGUGUAACAACUUUUGUCUUCUGCUUUGCUUCGGUCCACAUUCCACAUUUGAAAAGGAAUGUGGAUUUUUUUCUGGCUAUUUCCUUUUUGGGAUCCUGUUGCAGCCCCAAAGGAAAAUGAUGGUUUAUGCCACUCUUAUCUUAUGUGGGAUAUUACCAAAAGCAAUGCCUGGGGCCUUGCAUGCAGCAAUGGUUACUUUUAAUCAAAUCUACAGCUGACUCCAAUCCUGUCAUUCACUUCCAGCUUGUUCUUCCCAACACAACAUGCACAAACAUGCAGAAAGUUUUGGAUUUUUUAGUGACCAUUUUUUACAUUGCCUUUUAAGGUCUUAGAGAUCAGAUGCAGCCCAGAGAAUAUAAGCUGAGAAACAUGAUUAAACUUCCUGUGGCAUAAGCUAAUCUUACUUUUUUGACAGUUCUCAUUAAACAAGCCUGGUUUACAGCUUCAGUGUUUAUCAGUAUGAUAAUGCCAGUGAUUGAUACAGCAAAAGAGGGACUUGAGUUUUGUACUGAUUCACACUAGAACACACUUAAGAAAACAAACAGAACAGAAAAGUAAGUCAGGUCUUGGCAGAACCUUUUUUUAAUUGCCUUGAGAUGAUGACUGCUUUAAUAAGUAUCCGAGGGAGAAAUCUGCUAUAGGUUUCCAUUUAUGUUAAUCCCUGUGGGUAUACUUGGAUAGACUGACCUACAAUAAGAAAUGAUAAUUUCUAAUAAGAAAUAGAUGCAGGAAUUAGAUAGGAGAAAUGUGCACUACACAAAAAAUUAAUAGUGCCUACUCUUGUGGAUUUAAAUUCUGUGAAUUAGUCCCUAGUCAAAGCAGAGGUUAGUUUCACAUUAAUCCUGGGAAAGGAGAGUACUGCAGAGCUGGAAAACUUGGAUAUACCUCCAGCAAAGACAACACUGGACCAACAACAAACCAAACCAGGUAAAGUUACAGAUCAGGCACAGAUUACAGCUACCACAUACAAUAAUAAGAGCAAUAAAUGAGGACUGGCAUUUGACUACCUGUGACAUAAAUCUAGGACAGAUCUGCUGGUUUUCUGUAUAAAAAUGUUUCUCCUCAGAGCUGUUUGACUUUACCUCUACUGAGGUUUUUGGUUCCCCCCCCCCCUCCACCAAGCUGGUAAAAAGCAUGACUGUUUCUUGUUCUGGCUUAACCAAGAAAUGUUACACUAUAAAGAACUGCCACUGUCUUACAUGCAAAUAUUUGCUUCAGAUUGUGGGCCAUAAACUAUUGCUCCUAAGAAAAGUUGUCUGUUAUGCAGUGCUUGGACUUUUACACCAAAUUCGCUGGUAGGUCUCUUGAUAAAACACUACAAAGUCUUUACCUGCCCCCUCCUCGCCAAGCAAAGCAUACACACCAAGGCAUCCCCAGCAACUGCCACCAGCCCCUACCUUCACUAGCCACAUUUCUCAGCUUGCAGACAAGAAUGCAUAAAACCUGUCAGCUCCACUCUCCCAACACUCAAGUGAAAGUGGCUGUGAAUUUCCAGCACUUUUGAACUCUUUAAAUUAAGAAAAGCUCCUUCUGGCCUCACAUCACACUGGUGUUCUUUUCUUGUUGGAUGGUUGUCCAAACAGAGUGUCUUGCUUGGUUGAAUAGCAACAAGAACCCAGUCCCUUUCCUAAAAGAAAGCAAUAAAGGCAUAAUGAGUAAGAAAGUAACUGCAUGCAGUGAAAGGAGCUUCAGUAGCAUAAACUUUGUGAACUUUCAUUAUCCAUUUGUACUACACUUGUUCAAUGAAACACAUCAUCUGUUCAACUGCAGAAAGACAUCCUCACACAAGAGACUCUUGAAAUCAUACAGAAAAACUGUCUGACUGUAUGGAUGGGGCUCAGUUCCUCAUUAGCUGUGUUGGUAAUAAAGGCACCCAAGAGAAGUGAACCCUGUUUUCAGGCAAAGUUAAUGCCUGUUUAGGCUUCUGUAGAUCUCUCAUUCAGAGCCCUGCCUGUAGUGCAGCGGCAUGCCAAUACCAGACAGAAGGCAGACAGAGACACUGCAGUUCCACAGAGGCUGAGAGCAGGCAGGAUAACUGCCUAUUCUGGGACUUGGAGGAAUGUGUCUUAACAUACUAAAAGCUGCCAAGAGGGAUUUGUCCAAUUACCUUCAUGAUUAGUCUCUUAAAAUUUCUCCUCCACCAAAUCACCGUUCCUCAGUUUUGCUCUCCAAACCAACCUGAGUCCAGAGCCAGGGCUACUCAGCUCCUGAGGAUCUGUCUCACCUCACCAGCAAUGAGAUUCCCAGACUGUACAAUCUCCAGCUGCUGGCAAGCCUGUUCUCAUUUCUCCUGGACCUGAUUACAAUGCACUUUGCUCGGGAUUUUGGAGGAAAGCUGUUUUCUAAUAACCCUGCUGGUUGCCAUGCAGAAGUGGGCCCUUAGCACACAAUCACGACAGCAGCUGUAGGCAACACUGACUCACUGCAUCUUAGAAAAUACAAAUGCAAGAAGCCUCAGAAGCUGGUCCCUACCCCAAAAGCCCCAAGGGAGAAAAGAUAACAAUAAUGCUCUUUCUUGUAGCAUGGGCAGGACAGAGCUAAAAGGUUUCUCAAAUGACGUGCAACUUCUAAGUCCAUGUCUGCUUCAGGCUCCAGUGAUUUAGGAUGUCACAUCUUUUAAAAUAAACCUUAAAUGAUGCCUCAAGGUAAGUGCUCACUAAUAGUAAAACCAACUACAAGAAUAAAAUUUGUUCAAGAAGCAGAUACCUAUGCUCUAUGCUCUUUUUUUUAAAACUUCCAUUUCCUGUGGCUUUGCUGCAUGUGUAUAUAUAGAAAGCAAGGGAAAUUCCAAACAAGAUGCCACACCAUUAUACUCAGAACAGCAGUGCUUCUCAUUCUAAAAAAGGGAAGUCUCAAAUGCUUUUUCUACAAAAUCUAUGUGAAUUCAAAGUAUGCUGUAGUAAUAUUUCACAGUACCAUGCCCCACUAGCUAUCAGCUGGGACACAGAUGGUGUCAGCUAGAAACCUAAAGUGUAAGAAAGGCUUAUGAGGCACUAGGUCAGCCCAGCAGGACCUCAGCAGAGCAAUGGGAUAUAAGGCUAAGCACUCCUGCCUUCUUACCUGAUGCCUUAAAUUCUUCUCUGAGGGCAGAACACAGCCCAGCACCUCCCUGAAGCAGCCUGUCCUGGGGGUCAGGGCUCCAGCAAGGUCAGCUGGGGAUUUACAGUGUGCUGCAGGAACUGCUUACACACGAGCUCCUGGAGGCACCAACCACCCCAAGUGGCACAGCACUUGUGUCUCCACUCCACUGCUGCUCAGUGUGUUUGUUAUUCCCCUUUUUCAUUAGUCCACUUUUCACCCCUCCUUUUACACUUGCUGGUAAGAGGCUGCUGGUGCAGGAACAAUCCACAACAUGUGAAGGGUGUAUGGUGUCAACAGGGGCCAACAGCCUCCCUCAGGAACCUGAGAUCUUCCCAUGGCACAUGGGGCUCUGGUAUGGAGAACACGGAAUCAGAUGGGGCAUUAAGAGAUAGCUGAUUUUGAAUGGGUGUUUUUGGUGCCUUCUAGAAGUGUGUACUUCACCACACUGAUUUCCUCACCAGCCUUCCCCAGACCAACCCUCCAGCACAUCUUCUGG